UCAAAGAAAAAAAUUAUAAAAUAUGUAAUGUGAAGUUUGGUGCAAACUUAGCGAACACGAUUAACGUCUUUUACGAAUCAACUUCAGGUCAUUCAGUUGUUACUUUGUCGUAGCAUUGUUGCGUGCAUUUUGAAUCUAAAAUCCGAAAAACGAACGAUAAAAAAUGAGCUUGCCGAGUUGCUCAAGAAAUAGAUCAUCGACUCCUUUUUUAGCUAAUGUUCCAGUGGAAUUCGAAUCGAUAUUAAACGAAACUAGCAGCGAUGAAGAAGAGUUUAGAAGCCCGAAUAUUCCAAUGACGCAAUCAAGCGCUACAGCGCAAAAACAAUCGAGCAAUGUUAGUUCUGCGAUGCAGUUUGGCAAUUUUUCUAAUAGAGACGAGAUCAUUUUAGCUAUGAUCUGGUCGAACAAUCAGUUGGGUGCAGCCUAUUUCAACUUUCUCACGUCCGAAUUGUUCGUGAUGGACGAUACCUACGACGACGGUGUUAAUUUUCAUAUCACGAAGACACUGUACAAGCAGUGCCAACCACGAUACGUCAUCACGUUCUCCGGUACAUCCGACGCGUUCCUUACGACGAUCGAGGCUUUGGUAAUGUCGGAAACGUCGAGUGAAUUGAACAGAUCAGCGGAUACGAGCAGUGUGGGGCCGACGCAGGUCUCGCUGAGGGUGAUGCGGAAGAAGGAACACAGCUUCGACAGAUGCUAUCACAGAGUUCGAAGUCUCAAGCUCGAGUCGGAGCCGGCGAACGCCAAUGACGUCGAGAGACAUGUCUUCCUUCAGGGCCUGUUGAAUUUCAAAUCGAGCGUCAUGAUACACACAUUGGGUCUGCUCUUGAUCCAUAUCGAUCAGCAUUGGAGCAAUAUUACGCUGAAUAAGGAUCCAGCUGCCAGACCUAGCUUUGUAUCUUUGACUAGCGUGACAUUACGUGACAUUGUCAUGAUAAAUGACGAUACUUACGAGGCUUUAAAUAUCGUACACACCAGACAUCAUCCAAGUCUUUUCAAGUGUGGCGAUGCGGCAUCGAAGAAACAAAGCGAAAGCUUAUUCAUUCUUUUGAACCGUUGCCAAUCAAGUCCUGGAAUGCUUUUUUUGUGGAAAACGUUGCAACAUCCUACAAGAAAUAUCGAAAUUCUUAAUGAAAGAUUCGAAGUCGUCGAGUUCUGCCUUAAUCCGAAUAAUCAAAGUAUCGUCGAGAAUUUGACGUUAUGUUUAAAGCAGGUUUAUCGUUUGACUAAUGUUACUUUGAAUCGACAUUUAGCGCAGCAGGCUAAAUUUUCUGAUUGGGUACGAUUGCAUAAGACGAUAUCUUCCAUAAUUUACAUCGCCGACAUAUGCGAAGAACACCGUAAAAAAGUGAAGCUGUUUCAUAAAAUCGUUGAUACUAUCACAAAGGAAGUACGCUACAUCAAAUAUUUUAUCGAAUACAUAGUGGAUUUCAGCGCGAAGAAAUCUGAAAAUGAUUUCAUUGUUCGAGCAAACGUGGAUUCACACUUGGAUAAAUUGCAUCACGUAAGAGGCACUUUACCUAAGACUCUGACACAAAUGGCAGAGAAAGAUAUGAUAGAGCAUCUUCCAUCUUGGGUGACAACCUGCAGAAUGGUAUACAUACCGAAUAUCGGAUAUCUUUUAGCAUUAACUCAACGGAAUCCAUCGCCAGCCGACAAUGAGAAUUUUCAGAAUUUAGAGUUGAAAUUUGUUAGUAAAGACACGCGUUAUUUUAAAAGUCCCGGUGCUAAAGAGUUAGACGAUAGUAUAGGAGAUAUAAUGUUAAGGAUUACCAAGCGAGAAAGUUACAUUAUAUUGAAGCUCGUAAAAUAUAUAAAUAAACACGCAGCAUCAAUUUUCAAUGCGAUUCAAUUAUGCGCUGAAUUAGAUACGUUACUGGCAUUUUCUGUAGUCGCCCGAGAAUAUAAUUAUGUAAAGCCAAAUAUGGUGGAGCGUCAGAUUAUAGCAGUGGAACAAGGUCGACACCCGUUGCAAGAAUUUUUAACGACGUUCGUUCCGAAUGACACCUACUCUGGGGACGGAAAGAGUCUCAUAAAAGUUUUAACCGGUCCGAACGCUUCCGGCAAAAGUACUUAUCUCAGACAAAUUGCACUCAUCGUGUUCAUGGCUCACGUCGGCUGCUACGUACCAGCCAAAUCAGCCACCAUAGGAAUAAUGACUCAUAUUCUGACACAAAUUACGUCCAUAGAAAGUAUUGCUCUAAAUACGAGCAUGUUCAUGCAAGAUUUGCGACAGAUAAACUCCUCUCUCAACGCGUCCACAUCAAAUUCCCUCGUCAUUUUAGACGAAUUCGGAAACGGAACAUCCGAAGUGAGUGGUCUGUCAUUGCUCGCAGCUGUUUUGAAUAAUUUCGUCCAGCGAGGGAUUCACUGUCCACACGUGUUUGUGGCCACGCACAUGCAUCGGAUAAUGAACAUGUUGCCGCAAAAUCCAAUAAUCAAGGAACAGACUUUCGAGUUUGUCAUAAACGACGACUGUUCCGUGGCACAUCUUUAUCGUAUAACUACUGGACAUACGACAUGUAGUUUCGCACAUGCAGCUGCGCGAAUGGCGGGUUUAGACGAAGACGUUGUUAAACGAGCAGAAGAGGUCUAUGAAAAGUUUAAAGUCGGCGAGUUACCUCCGCGUCUACCGCAAGCUGCAAAACAAGACAUGCCGGUGCGCAUUAUUGAACGAUUAUUAGACUCUGAGGAGUUUAAUAUGGAAGAAUUGAAAUCGUUGGUUAUUCAAGUCACGGAUUCACUAUUUGCAGGGAGCAAAUAAAAAAUGUUGAAAUUGGAAAAGAGAGAAGAAAUUUCUCUGGAAAUUAUUUCGAUACUUCGUGAUCACAUAAAUAUUUCGGUUUAAUUUUUCAUUGAAAAGACAAAUAUAAUAUUAUUAGUAUUCGAUACUUGAUGAUCAUA